AUGAAUAAUUAUAACAAGAGGGUGUACAAACGACCUAAAAAUAAAACGUUAGCGACUACAAAUCCUAAUUUUAAUUUUGAAAAUGUUCAAAGAGUAACACAGGAAGGAGAGGCUCAAGAACCACAAUUUGCUUUGUUGGCAAAAGAUUCCGAAUGGAUUAAUAUUUUUCCGAAUUCACCUAUUGAUAAACAAUCUUGUAGUAGGAGUGAUGGAGAGGAAGUAUUACAUGUCGACAGUGAAGAUAGGCCGCAAACGCAGCCGAUAGCUUUAAUGUUUCCCGGCCUGUCACAAAAACAUCCGGAAAUGUUAGAAGGAAUAGUGAAUAAAGUUAUGUCAACAACUGAAAUAACGAAGCAUUUAGUUGGACAAAAAGCUAAUUUUGCUUGCAUGAAAAAAGUUGGUCGACUCAUUCCAAUAGAUAAGGUUAGAGGAGAGAGAGUUAGAGGUAGUUACAUACAUAUG